AUGCAAAAUCAGACCGCUACCAAAGUAAUAUCGCACACAGCUGUUGCAGCAGGUGUGCCCGCGCUACUCAUGUUAUUGUCGAGGUGUUGCCAGGCGCAAGCAGUAACAGAGCCAUCUUCUGACAAGGUGACAAAUCUCUGCACAGAGGCUAAGUAUACGGAGUACCUCGCAAAUCGCAUCGUAGCGGCGGCAGAAAGGCAGGAGCGCGAAAUAUCCGACAUGCAAAUUUAUGCAGAGGCAUGGGAUCUUCUUGCCGCAGUUACAAACCAAACAGAGAAACGGGCCGCGACGUAUGCCCUUGCCGCGUACAUGUCCACCGCAGCGGCGACAGCAAGGCGGGUCCACAAUGGGAAGUACAAGGCAGCGGUAGCAACCGCAAAGUUUCUGCACAGGAGAGCGGCACUAACGCGCACGUUGCUGGCGAUUAAUAUUCGGGGGAAGACAAUAGUUGGAGUAAGCAAAAUACAGGGCUACAGCGUAUCCAUAGGAGAAUGCCCUGGCGAUGAAACACCGAUAUUACGCGGCGACGGAAGUUGUGCACACCGAACCAAUGAUAACAGCCAACCAGAAGGAAUUUCCGUUAACUUGAAGACAGCAACGCAUAUCAAACUGCUAAAUAGCAGCAAACUAAGACCACUGGGAAUAACGCAUCUGGUUGAGAUUAAAAAAACGAAGGGACCGGAAAGCGCAGAAGCAUUAGUUGAGAGGUGUGGACAUCUGCUGAAAGGUGACCAUUAUGUUAAAUUCGAGGCAUCGACGACUGAAAAAGACAGCCUCAUCACUGUAGAGCCGAUUAGGAUAUUCGAGGGUAGCGACUCGAGCACAAAUUGCGCUGUGAUACAAAAUGAAUCGACGAAAUCAGAAAAAGAUAACGACUUACUGAUAAACAAGUUAUGCAAAUACAUAAAAGAACCCGAUCCUCAGAUAAUAACCAUAUCCAGUCUAACGCCUGUCACGUUAGCAAACACGACCGAAGUCCAACUCGCGUUCAAAAGCUUCUUUCACGAAACAAGAGGUAAAUCCUCGGCCGGAAGCAGCGUCGAAGCGCAACUUCAAAAACUUUACGGGGGGGAUAAGCAAAACUUCACCAGAGACUUCGUAAAAGUUCUGUGGACUAAGAACGUGACGUACCACAUUGGCUCAGGAUUCGUAACUGAAACACUCCUUGAUGCGGUUAGAAACAAAAACGCACAGAAGGCUCUAAUUUAUCUGGAAGAUCAAAGACCAACAGAAGAGGCAAAGCAAGCACAAUCAGACGAAACUGAAAUCACCAAAACGGGCUGCAGUGGUAAGGGGAAACAGGACUGCAGUGGCGAAUGCACAUGGGAAGGCAACGAGGAAAAAGGUAGAUGCGAAUCAGACGAAAGGAAAGACACAAAGAAACAGAACGAAACUCAAAUGCGGAAAUGGCCCAGAGCACUUCAGUGGAUGAUGGCACGACAAGAAGGAAAUUGCAAAGCAAUACAGCAGGAAGACUGUAAAGAAGACUGCACAUGGGAGGAUGGAGUUUGUGACGGUGCAGUUGGCAUUUCUGCUUUGAUGAGUAUUCCUCUGUUCAUGGCAUUUUUGCUCCUAGCAUAA